UCCUAAAUAAACGGCGAGGGAAUAGAAGGCAGGGGAGUCUGCCGAUUCGGCCUAAAGGCCGACAACAACAGGGAGUCUCUCUGUCGAUCAAAGACAUUGAAAAAUUAAAACAAAACAAAGCCCAGGAAUCUCUCUGAAGCAGCACCAAACCCUAAAUCUCUUUCUUGGACACAUUGCCGGCGCGCCUCCGAGCUCCGUCGUCGGAUCGGCGGUUCUCAGAGCUUCUUCGUAGCCACUACAAGCUCAUCUGUCGUCGGCAGCCGCCACCCAGCAUAUUUUUCAGGCUGCUCCCUUUGUAACAGUUGUGGCGUUGCUGCCUCUGUAACAGUUGUAUAGACACUCCUCAAUGCCCUUCAUUUAUGGAUUUGGUGUGGAUACUUCUAGAUGACCUUGAGCAGUAUAGGAUACUCACUACAUAUGGAUGCAUGGACAUGAGGAAAUAAAGGCAAAUGUAACGAAAAAGAAAUCAAUUAUGUAUUUAUGUUGGCCACACGUAAGCAGGGAAAAAAAUUAUUUCCAUGAAUCCCUUGACAUUGGUAAAGCGCAUUCAGAAUAUCAACAAAAAAGAAGCAAAUCUAGGAAUAUCCGAAGAGGCAUCAUGGCAUGCUAAAUAUAAAGACUCGGCUUAUGUUUAUGUUGGUGGCAUCCCAUUUGACCUGACGGAAGGCGAUCUCCUUGCCGUUUUUGCUCAGUAUGGUGAGAUCGUUGAUGUUAAUUUAGUCAGAGACAAAGCUACAGGAAAAUCCAAAGGGUUUGCUUUUCUUGCUUAUGAGGAUCAAAGAAGUACAAAUCUAGCUGUAGACAAUUUAAAUGGUGCUCAGAUUCUGGGCCGAAUAGUUAGGGUGGAUCAUGUAAACAAAUACAAAAAACUAGAGGAGGAGGAUGAGGAAACUAAGCAGCGGAAGAGGGAGGAAAGAGGUGUCUGCCGUGCUUUUCAAAGAGGAGAAUGUAAUCGUGGAGACAGCUGCAAAUUUUCUCAUGAUGAGCAAAGAGCUGCUAAUACGGGCUGGGGAGCCGAGGAAGACAGACGUCCAAGGUGGGUGCAGGACAAGUUUGAGGAUUCAGUAAGGGAUGGAAGGACUGGUCGGUCUAAUCAUAUAUCUGAACCUGCUUCUCGGCAAGGUCAUAAAAGUAAUGACAGAGAUUCAAAAUAUUCUCGUGCAAAGGGCAAUGAAACUGCACGAGAAAGUUCUCAUGAAGGAGCUGGAUCAAAUGCAAAGGAUCACGA